UGCAUGGCACUCGGACUAUAAAAGAGAGGCACAGGCGGUGGGAAUUAGGCUGUUCUGGAGAAUUUCAACAAAGGGCAACACACUAGCACACGCAGUUAACUCAAACCCCAACAAUUGGUUGGAAUUCCAACGAUUUCGGGCAUUCCCCAUCUUAACCAGAAUUGAACGAGGAAUUCCUCCUAGGGCGAAUGGGGCACUAUCAGCAAUCCAUCAUCCUGACAGGUCUGUCGGUGAUCUUAGGAUUGGUGGCGUUCGUCGCAUGCGGGAGCCUCGAGGCCUCAUCGGUCGGAGAACCCCAGGGACAACAUGAAGCAAGGGCCCACGAAAGGUCCAUUUACAAACGUUCCAUUGGGCCUGCCUACGAGGGCGGCGACUACUUCCUCAAUGGGGAUAACAAUUAUGCGGCUAAACGACAGGCGGGUUAUAACGCCUGGCGGAAAGGAAAACGCGCCCACUCCAUCUACGAGCCAUUAACAGAGCCCGCCUCGCCAAGUAGCUAUGGUUCGAUGGUCCCCAAUCACUUCUUUGACCUUUUGGCCUUGAACGCUCUGCCUCAAGGCGACCUCCCCGAGGAUCCUGACCAGGCAUCAGUGUCGCCAUCUCUGCUUGCCUCGAUGGCGUCGGCUCAUCCGUCCAUUCCGAACAAGCGAACCCCUUACAGUCAGUGGCGGAAGAACGGGAAGCGCGAAUACCGCGAUUGGCGCAAGGGGAAGCGUGACCAUGGUGCGAGUGAUGAGGUGGCCGAGGACCUGUUCAUGAUCAAUCCGGAUCGCCGAAGUGAAAUGGGCUUCAAGCAAUGGAGGAAGAUGGGCUAAGUUAGCGCUUGCUGCAGUCACUCUUUCAUUGGUGGUGGUCUAGCAAGUCAUUUGUCCCGUCACAAGAGCUCCAUGUAUGCGUACCUUAUUUUUUCUCGAGAUUGGUGUGUCCCCGGGGAGGAACUUCUUUUUCCACUUACGCUAGUUCUUCGAAGGUGGAUGAUGAUCACAUUGACCCGUUUCAUUUGGAUCAACCAGAAAAAAAUGACAACUAAACACGUAUACGUUCCCAAGAUGAGUUUGGUUAUUUUGAAAGCACGCGAUUGAUCUUUGGAGGAGGAGGAUCAAUUCCCUAUGACGAUGUGAAUUCGACUUGUUUUAUCGUUAUUCUCCAUGACCGACCAUUAUUUCCAGAUGGUAAUUUGCACUCUGUGAUUGCCAACCAUGAAUAAAUUGCAUAUAUACUACGUCUA